AUGUUAGAAGACAUUCUGACACUUACCAAGGAGGCCUGGGGUCCGGGACUUCCUGCAUUGCUCUUCUUCGAAAUGGAGGGUGUUUUCGUCAACUCACGUUUCUUCCGUGAAAACAUUGUUUCCCCCUCAGGAAAGCUUUGGCUCAUCUUCCUCAAGCAGGGCAAUGUCAUCAGCAAAAUCCAAGUCACCAAGGCGGUCUUGGUCAAGCCAGUGUAUGCCAUUGGCUAUUUCAACUCGCGGCCAAUCAGCGGCGGGAGGCGGCGCCCUCCUUGCCCCAAAACUUGGGCGAAGAAGAAGGCGGAGGCAGGCAGCCGCGGCAGCAGCAGUCGCCAGAGGAGUCUCCGAGCCACCGCCCUGUCCCGGCAGAGGAUGAGCGGCAGUCAGUUCAACAAGGGGCCUAGCUACGGCUUGUCGGCGGAAGUCAGGAACCGGCUUGCCCAGAAGUACGAUCCUCAGAAAGAAUCGGAGCUACGGGAAUGGAUCGAAGGCAUCACUGGCAGAGAGAUUGGGCCCGACUUCCAGAAGGGAUUGAAGGAUGGAGUCAUCCUUUGCGAGCUAAUAAAUCUGCUGCAGCCAGGCUCGGUAAGGAAAAUUAACCGUUCGGCUCUCAAUUGGCAUCAGGUAUGUAUAUGCACUACAUUAAUAAGAGACAAUAGUUUGAACACUUGUUUUAGAAAACUGGAAACCUUUUAAUGGAAUAUCUUUUGAAAGCCUGUUCAAGUAGAGAGUAGUGGCAGGGGUUGAAAGCUAAAGAAAACAGUAGUUUGUAAUCAUUAGAACAGUGAUGGCGAACCUUUUCGAGACCGAGUGCCCACAUUGCAGCCCCAAACCCACUUAUUUAUUGCAAAGUGCCAACACGGCAAUUGAAUCUGAAUACUGAGGUUUUAGUUUAGACAAUACGGUUGGCUUUGAUGUGCCUGUUACUCAGGAGUAAGCUUGGUGAAGCAACCGUGCCACACUUCGAAUGGGUGAAUCC